AUGAUCGAAGGGCGGAUGCAGCAAGGCAUCCUUCUACGGAAGCUAUUCGACUCAAUCAAAGAAAUGCUCAACGACAUAAACCUUGAGUGCUCGGAUAGCGGCAUUGGCGUGCAAGCGAUGGACGCGUCGCACGUCGCGUUGAUUUCCGUGUCUCUGCUGCAGGGCGCAUUCGACUACUACACGUGCUCGAACCGUUACAGCCUCGGAUUAAACAUGACGCAAGUAUCGAAGGUUAUGAAGCUUUGUUGCCAAAACGAUGCGGUGAUUCUGCGUCACGACCCCGCGAAGGAAAGCGAGCGAAUUUCAUUCGUUUUCGAGUCGCCGGGCGAGCGUAAAAUCAGUGACUUUAACUUGCGGCUGAUGAAUUUCGACGCGGACAACCUCGGCAUUCCGCCAACAGAGUACGAUGCCACAGUGAACCUGUCGUCUAAAGCCUUUGUGAAAGUCAUCAGCGAUCUGUCUCAAUUCAGCGACACAAUAUCGAUCGAAAUCAACUCCAAGGGCGUGCGCUUUUGCAGCGACGGCGACUUUGGAUCUGGCCACAUUCUGUUUCGUGCACAGCAACCGAACGCCGCAAAGUCAGAUGACGAUGCUAUUGUGGAGUCUAAAAUUCCAGAAGUCGCUACAGAAAUAGAUUGA